AUGGAGAAGAAACCACUUAACUGCACAGAAUGUGGGAAAGGCUUCAUUUACCAUUCGGACUAUAUUCUACAUCAGCGAAUUCACACUGGAGAGAAACCCUACAAGUGCAAUGACUGCGGGAAGGCCUUCAGCAACAGCUCAUAUUUCAUUCAGCACCACAUCAUUCACACAGGGGAGAAGCCCUAUGCCUGCCACGAAUGUGGCAAGACCUUCACUCAGAGCUCAUCGCUUACUGAGCAUCAGAGGAUUCACACUGGAGAGAAACCCUACAAAUGCAAGGACUGUGGGAAGGCCUUCACCCAGAGCUCAUCCCUCAUUAAACACCAGCGAUGCCACACUGGGGAGAAACCCUAUAAAUGUGACCAGUGUGGGAAGUUCUACUCGCAGGUGUCCCACCUCACCCGCCAUCAGAAAAUCCACACAGGGGAGAAGCCCUACAAAUGUGGCGAGUGUGGCAAGGCCUUCUGUCACACUUCCUCCCUGACCCAACACCAGACCAUCCACACCGGGGAGAAACCAUACAAAUGCAACGAGUGUGGGAAAACCUUCAGCCACAGCUCCUCCCUCACUCAGCAUCAGCGAGUCCACACAGGAGAAAAACCCUACGAGUGCACGGAGUGUGGCAAAGCCUUCAGUCACAGCUCGUCUCUGACUCAGCACCAGAGAAUUCACACUGGUGAGAAACCCUACGAGUGCCAUGAGUGUGGGAAGGCUUACACACAGAUUUCCCACCUCAUGAGGCACCAGAGCAUUCACAUGGGGGAAAAGCCCUAUGUAUGCAGUGAGUGUGGAAAGGCUUUCAGCCACACCUCGUCCUUUGCUCAACACCAGACAAUUCACACCGGUGAGAAGCCCUACAAAUGUACUGAGUGUGGGAAAACCUUUAGCCAGAACUCUUCGCUCACACGCCACCAGAGGAUUCACACGGGAGAGAAACCUUAUGAGUGUAAAGUUUGCGGGAAAGCCUAUACCCAGAUCUCCCACCUCAUUCAACACCAGAGGAUUCACACUGGAGAGAAACCCUAUGAGUGCAGCGAGUGUGGGAAAGCCUUCAGCCGGAGCACCCAUCUCAUCGAGCACCAGAAGAUCCACACUGGUGAGAAACCAUAUAAGUGUAAGGAGUGUGGGAAAACCUUCAGUCACAACUCAUCCCUCACUCAGCAUCAGAGAAUUCACACUGGUGAGAAACCCUAUGCCUGUAAGGAAUGUGGGAAGGCCUUCAAUCAGAGCAUCCACUUGAUUCAGCAUCAAAGGAUUCAUACUGGAGAGAAGCCCUACAAAUGUAAUGACUGUGGGAAAACCUAUACCCAGAUCUCACACCUUCUCCAACAUCAGAAAGUCCACGACAGUAGCCCUGAGGAGCCCGAAUCCCGCGGUGGCGCUGCCCACGUGGGGAUUGCGGUGGGGAGCCAGCUCUGUGUGGGAGGCCGACCGGACGCCCAAGGCCGACUGCCUAAUGACACCCACUACUUACCCUCCCCAUCUUUGGCCCGAAGAGCCACCAUUGCCGUCUCCGGGAUUUAG